AUGGACCAGAAGCCGUCUAACACGGAACCAUCGUCAACCCCAUCCAGUGCAAGUCUCGCACCACAACCCGGUGAGGAUGAUGACGAGGGCGACGACGACGAUUUUGGUGACGACUUUGACGACUUUGAGGAGGGUGCCGAGGCCAAUGGUGACUUUGACGACUUUGACAACGGCUUUCAAGAACCGGAAUUUGAAGCUCCCGCACCGGCCCCGGCACCCAGUUUGCCACAAGUACCAUCAUUACCUUUCGACAUACCCGACUUUGACGGCUUAGACGGUGAAGACGUCUUGCAAGCCGUCGACUCGUAUCUCAACACACUGUUCCCACCUGAAGACUUGGACGUGUCCUCUCCUCCACCAAUAACCAAAGAAAGCCCCAUCUUCCUCACACCACGUAGCGCGUCCUUGUGGUCACAAUUAGUGGCACCCCCGCCGUUGGCGCCGCCAGACUGGAUCCGCUCUCGCAUCCGCCGUCUGUUUCUGGUCUCUCUGGGCGUGCCGGUCGAUCUGGACGAAAUCCUCCCGGCCUCCAAGCAGAAAAAGCUCGUGCUGCCAUCAUUACAGGUUACGACGUCCGGCUCGCCGCGGACAUCCUCAGAUUCUCGCUCAGUAUCAAGAGUGCGACAGUCCGAGGCCAACGCCUCGUCAACGUCGGUUGACUCAAAGGGGAAGCCGUCGGCGUUCAAGAAGAAAGGCCCGCUCCCAGUGCCAGAGUUGGAUCUCGUGUCAGCCAAGCAGCUCUGCACGACUACAGACGAGGCCCUAAACGGCAUGACGGACAACGAGCUCAAGGUCCACGUCGAGAAACUCAAGGCAAUGGAGGGGACGGCCACGGAGGUGCUGGAAUACUGGACCAAGAAAACGGACGAAAAGAUAGGCGACAGAGAAGCCUUCGAAGGCGUGAUAGAAAAUCUCGUCAAGCACGCACGGAAGGUCAGGAAAUAA